AUGAAUCUCAAAAUAUAUAGCUAUCGAAUGUCUCAACCUUGCAGAGCCGUUGUCAUCUUCUGCGAUGCAAAUGGAAUCGAUUUCGAGGAGGUCAGCGUAGAUUUAGCCAAGCGCGAGAAUCAUUUGCCAGAAUAUAGAGCAAUAAACCCUCUGGGUCAAGUUCCAGCUAUAUAUGAUGGCAGGUUUAAGCUGUUUGAGAGUCGUGCAAUUCUUAGAUAUCUUGCUUGUGUGUUUCCUGCUGUCGCUGAUCACUGGUAUCCAAGUGAUUUAUGCAAGAGAGCUAAGAUUGACUCAGUCUUAGAUUGGCAUCAUUCUAAUUUACGUCGUGGUCCUGUUACCUUCUGUCUGAAUACUGUACUAGGACCUAUAGUGGGUCGUGCUAUGAAUCCACAAGCAGCAGCCAAAGCCGAAAAACUUUUGAUCUCAUCCCUGUCGAAAAUUGAAUCUGUGUGGCUCAUUGAAAAUGAAAAAUUCUUGUUGGGUAAUUCACAACCAUCUAUUGCUGAUCUUAGCCUUGUCUGCGAAAUCAUGGAUUUAGGGAUUUUGGACGACAAGGAUCGUAGUCGAAUAUUAAGCCCGUUCAAGAAAGUUCUGAAAUGGAUAGAGAAUACAAGAAUCGCGACAAGCCCCCAUUUUGAAGAAGCACAUAACAUCUUAUUCAAAGCAAAAUAA